AGAUACGUGGAAACAAUUUGAAUGAGACACUCGCGUCAUAUUGUCUUGUUGGACGUGAGCGGCAUGUGCAUCCACGCAGUGUCCCGCAGUUGCUGACGACGAAUUAAUAUGGCGGCGGAUCUGGUCGAGGAACGAAAAUGUUGUCGAUGUGCCAUCCCCCGGAGAUGGACGCUGGCCAUCAUGGGUUUCGGCGCCAUGUUUUGGGUGUCCGCCAUGCGGGACCAGCUUAGCAUAGCCAUCGUGUGUAUGGUCAACGGAGAUGUUGGGAGCUCUCCGUGGCUUAACACAACGUCAUCUUCUUCAAAUUCAACCUUCCCCCAUGAAACGGAGGCUGUGUCUAAAGAGAGUAGCGGCUUUCCCUGGGACAAGACGGAGCAGUCGCUCAUUCUCGCCAUGUUCUUCGCCGGCAUCUGCUCGAGCACGGUCCUGGGUAUUUGGUACUUGAAGCAUGACGUGAUCCGGUACUACAUGGGCGGCGGCCUGAUGGUCUGUGCCGUGGCCACCAUCAUCAUCCCACACAGUCUGACGCUGGAGCUCCGCCUCAUCUACGCCUUGAGGCUCAUCACGGGGAUGGGCGCCGCGACCAUGUUUCCAGGAUUACAGAGCAUGUGGGGCAAGUGGGCGCCACGGAAUGAACUCGCCAGGCUGUCCACCAUCAGUGCUAGCGGACGCUUCCUUGGAACAGUCUUGGCUUUUUCCCUCACUGGAGUUUUAUGCAACGUCAUGGAGGACGGCUGGAAGCUCAGCUUUUAUAUAUCAGGUGCGGGAGGCCUCAUCUGGUUUGUGCUGUGGCAGUUGUUGACGGCGAAUAACCCGGCCACAGAUCCCCGUAUCUCCAGUCGGGAGCGCGACUACAUCGUAUCCAACAUCGACAUCUCGUACAAGGAGAAUGUUGCAACCCCUUGGCGAGCAAUCCUGACGUCCAAGCCUGUGAUUGGCUGUCUGGUGAUUCACAUGGUCUCCGAUUGGGUGGACUAUAGUCUGACCACAAGUGGCCCCACCUACAUGCAUGAAGUCCUGCACGUCAAUAUAUACGAGAAUGGGUUGCUGUCUUCUGUCCCACACUUGGCGAGGGGAUUGUCCACGGUGCUGGUCGGUAUGCUGGCGGACCUGCUGGUCAAGAGAAAGGUCUUAUCUAUCAAGUGGACUCGGAUCAUCUUCCAGACACUGUCUAAUGUUGGUUCCGCCGUGUUCUUGGUGUGGCUGGGGUUCGUGUCUGCCGACCAACGAAGCCUGGCCGUCUUCCUGUUCACUGCAGUACUCUGCAUGCAGGCUUUUGCCGAGUCCGCUUAUCAGGUCAAUGAAGUUGAAAUAGCUCCAAGGUACGCGGGAGUGAUCACCAGCAUGGGCAACAGCCUCAGUGCAGUGGCGGGAGUGCUCGCGCCCAUCAUAACGGGUGCCAUGACGCCAAAUAAAAGCCAGGAGGAGUGGCGGAACAGCUUCAUGGUGAUAGUGGGUCUCUGUGUGGUCAGCCUCGUGGUGUACCUGGCCUUCCUCAAGGUGACGGUCCAGCCCUGGGCCAGAGAGAAACAAAAGAAGCCCAGCGUUGCUCACGUUGUCCAGUUCGGUACAGAGCCGGACGAGACGAAACAAGACCAAUAGCCCAUGCCAGCUCAAGGCUUGGCAUCCCCAUCUCAGUCCCGACAGGUGGCGCUCAUGCCUCACUACCUUGACAUCUCACCGCCGUCACCGAAUUAAACAAUAUGCAUAGCGAUAUAUGAAUAAUAUAAGCUCUGUAGCUUUUGGUUUGCCACUUAUGCCACUUAUUUAUUGGAAUUUACUUUUAACACUUUGAACAUGCACUGUGUGAAUAACGCUUUAUGAAUAAGUCUGCAUGUCGGCAAAAAGCCACUGUAACAUAAUCUUGCAGACUGGUAAAUAUAUAUGUAUUAUAUUGUAUGAAUUUUAUUUAUCUAUUUUAAUAAAUUACGUAUUUCGGAUAAAUUAUGUUUCGGAAAACAUGUUAUCAAUGAUCAUAAUACUAUUGGGUUAAUAUCAUAACGGUUUUUUUCGCGAAUGUCAUCACAUGCCUAUGUCAAAAAAUGCUUUUCAAAAGCCAGCAGCGAAGAAACCUCGAAAUGAAUUUAAUAAAUGCUUGAUCUAA